GUACAUUGAUCACUACCCAUCUGUCUUGAUGCGGACCCAUAUUAAUAAAAACUCUAUCUAUCCCCACUUUUUCUGCUUCCAUUUCUUCUCUCAAUCAUCAAAUAUCUGAUCGACAAUCCUAAUUUAGGCUCAAUUAUAUUGGUGCACAUAUUGCACGUACUGUUCAAUCUAAGGUUGUAGAUACUAUAUACAUAUAUAGGAAUCUCGAUCCAUGGACGGCGGCAGAUUCAGCAAGCAGCUGCUUUUCGGUAAUAAUUACGACCAAGAUGACUCGGAAAACUCGCCGGAGAACAGCGCCGGCUCGCCGCCUUCCGCCUUGUUGCCUGAGACCACCAAGAUCGCUACUUCUUCAGCUACUUGUUCUUCUAAUAAGCAAAGUCGACGUCGUUCUGUUCAGAAAAAAGUGGUGUCUGUGCCAAUCAACGAAGUAGAUGGAUCUUCGCUCAAGGGCGAGAUCACUUAUCCACCGUCCGAUUCUUGGGCCUGGAGAAAAUACGGUCAAAAACCCAUCAAAGGCUCUCCUUAUCCCAGAGGAUAUUACAGGUGUAGCAGCUCAAAAGGAUGUCCAGCUAAAAAGCAGGUGGAGAGAAGCCGUGUCGAUCCAAACAUGCUUCUUGUGACUUACUCAUGUGAACACAACCACCCUUGGCCGGCCGCCGCCGCCGCCAGAAGCCACCGCUACACCGCGGCGAUGACCGGAAUCUUGACGCACCAAACAAGGUCUAAGCUGGUCGUAACAUCAGCCACCGCGGCCGCGUCAGACUCCGACGAUGGGAAGGAAGCAGUGAGUGAUUUCUCCACCCAACUUGAAGUCCAGUCCGAUCAUCAUCAUGACAAGUUUACCCAUAUCGGCGGAGACGGCGGCGGGGAAGGAGAAGAGUUCGGGUGGUUUUCCGGCUUCGAGGCGGCGACGUCCGCCGUGACGGAGGAGGAUUCCGUUUUGACAGAAUCAAAAGUUAUGAGUUGUACAGAUAUGCGGCCUUUAGUAGUUUCGGUGGGGGAGGAGGAUUCUUUAUUCGCCGAUCUCGGGGAGUUGCCGGAGUGCUCGCGGGAGUUUGAGCUGGGGAUGAUGGAGAGAGAUGAAGAUCGCCGGCGGCGGAGCUUGACGCCGUGGUGUCCGACGGCGUGAUGGUAUGGGGGUUGACAAGUGGGGAUUUAUUAUUAAUUAUAUACAGCAUACGUGGAUUCUUUUAAUUUAACUUUGAUACAUGGUGGGGUUCAUAUCUUGUUCCAUAUUUUAUUAUCAGUUAUACAUCAAAAUCCAAUUUAACCUACCCCAAUUAAUUAUGGAUUUUGUUUUUGGGUGGGGUUUAUAAUUUUUUUUUAGUAGAAAAGGAGUGAAUAAAUACUCUCUCCCACCAUACAGUGACAGCUCAAUACCUAAAAUGAAAUAAAAAUGAAUUUUGCUACUUCCUUCA